UAUAAAUUGGUAAACAGUCAGAAUCGACUUAGUAAAGCUUCUGACUGAUUAUUGUUCCUAUACUCAUCAUCAUGGUCGUCACCGAUAUCAAUGAACACGACAAUGUGUCGACUACUACCCCGUAUAAUCCAUACAGUGGUCUGCGGAUCGACCACCAACCGACGUCAUUGGUGGCCAUCGUCGAGGGUUUGACGAUGAUCAUCAUCUUUCUCGGGUCGUUGAUCAUCAACCUCAUCGCUUUGGUGGCCAUCCUCCGUGAUAAGAAACUGAGGAGGAAUGUUCACAAUUGGCUCAUCAUCAAUCUGAUCAUCAACGAUCUCGGUAUCACGAUCACCAGUAUGUUUUUCUCUAUCAUAUCCGUCUUCGAUCACGGGUAUAUUCUGGUUCAUAGUGAUAUCUUGUGUUUAAUAAACGGGGCUGGUGGAACUGGUUUCUCGUUCGGUAACUUCGCCACUGUCCUGGCCAUAUCUUUAGAUCGUUUUCUGUCCGUCGUCUUGCCGAGCCGCUUCCCUCCAUCAAAGACCCGCAUCAUCAUCUAUAUCGUUUUCUGCUGGGUGGUUCCCAUCGCCAAUAUUAUCCCACCUUCCUUCGAGUUAAUUUCUGACUUCAAAUACCAUCCUUUCACCCAUCAUUGUUCCCCAAUCUGGCAAGCCUGUCUCUAUUACAUCAUCUGCGUCAUCAUCCUGUUCGGCAUCACCGUUCCCGUCAUGGUCUUCUGCUAUAUUGGUGUCUUCUGGACCUUGAGGCGUCAGCAGCAGGUCCUUCGAUCUUACACCAAGGGCCGCGCCGACGAUCCCGACGACGACUCCCUCGAUAACGCCGGGGAAACCGAUGACAGCCUACAGGUGACCAAUCCAACAACCAAUACAGGUUUGUCUUUGGACGACCUGCCAAGCCGCGAAGGCAAGGUUUCCGAGACCGUGGAAGAAUCCUCAACUUCCAACCUUGAUCGUCAUGGCAUAUGCAAGUUUGAUGAAGGCAACUCGAAUCAAGAGAAGAUUGACAAGAAGAUGAUGAAGCAGAGGAGCAAGCGAAGAUCCUUGCAGAAGAAACUCACCACUGAUAAAAGAAUUGCUAUGACAGGCACCCUUCUGGUAAUGACUACCGUGGUCUGUUGGGCGCCUUACUGUAUCGUCCAUUCUUGUUUUAUUCCUAUCCAUGUGACUCAUUCAUUGGGUGUGUUCACAAUGUGGCUCGCUUACAUCAACUCCCUCCUCGAUCCAAUCAUUUAUUCAUUCAUGAAUAGAAGAGUUCGUGCUCGAUACCAUGCCAUGAUGUCUAGCUUCAGAAUGACUGUAUGUAAGAAAAAGUGAAUCGUGUUCACAUGGGACCGUCGAUGAUUAAAAUUGUUUAGUGUUAAAUGUAAUUUCGCACAAAAUUAAAGAGAAAGUCAAAAGGGGCCUAAGCUUUUUUUUUUUUUUGCCUCCGACGAAGAUUCUGCUAGGAUCGAAAGCUUAGGCCCCUUUUGACUUUCUAAUUUACUCCAUUGGCUCUCUUUUAUCAUAUAAGAAGUUUUCAGCAGCUUCUUUUGGCCAAAAUUAAAGAGAGCAACACUUUCUUGGCUGCAAUGUAAAAAUCACCAUUCUACUUAAUCCUCUAAUCAUAAUUUCAAACUUUUACGUCAGACAGGAAUCACCUUAGUCUUACCCUUAGUGUCUUACAGACCCAGUAGUCUAAUAUCAAGAUAUUACGAUAGGAAACUCAUGUCUCAAUAGCGUAUGACCCUAUCAUUAUUGAUUCUUCAGCCAGUAGACAUAGUUUUUAAUUAGCUAUACCAUAAUUGUUAUCACAUUCAAACACUGAUUAUUUUUAAGUAGGGAACUAAAUAAAAAAAAUUUAAAAAAAGAAGAUAACCCGUGCCUAUGAACCCGGAAUAGGACAUUAACCAGUUGGUUUUAAUUAUCCGCACCUUGAACAUGUAUAUAUACAGUUUAUAUAACAAUUUGUCUUAUGUAAGUUAUAUGAUUAAAAUAUUAACCAGGAAAUUACUAUUCUUUGUACAUUUAUGUCAUUUUUGGCCCUUUGUAUUUAAUAUCAUGUACGAUCUCCGUCAUGCAGUAGGCCUUUGUAUAACUACUUAUCAUGCUUAUGGGGUUAUCAUAAUGCGAUUUAAACAAUAUGAUGUAGGCAUCACGAAACUUUUUAUCCCUUAUAGCUUGACGACUAAUAUAUACAAUACCUACUUAAGAAUGACAUGUAUGAGUGUAAGCCUUUAAGGAGAAGAAGUCUUUAUUUUGCAGAAGAAGGGGGAAAUUUAUCAUGUAAAAAACGGAACAAUAAUGACAUUUACAAGUACUAUGAACGACGAUAAAAACUGAAGUGGAUUCCUGUCAGGAAAUGAGUGAUUGAAGUAUCAGUGUUGGUUUACAAAUAUCAUAUAACUGAAAUUAUAUCUUUAUAAAAAUAAUUAUCCCAUAUUAUAAGACUACUUACUUACAAUUAAAUGAACAGAAGUGGUUUUAUAUUUCAUAGUAAACCAAUAGGUCUACGAACGGUUUAUCAGUUGAUGCUAAGUUUUCGACCUAUUUUCUCAUAAGUAUCAAUUGUUCGGAUCAUACUACCAUCAUGACCAUGAUGACCAUAUAGCUACUGCGGACGUAAAUACAAAAAGCAAAACAAAGUAGGGAUAAUGGGAGGGGGAAAUUAAGGGUGAAGGGGGAGAAUUAUGAGUAAGAGUAUGACAAGUUACUCUAUGAUAUACUUCUAUAUUUCACCUUUAGAUAGGUCACCCCAACAAAAUACCCACACACAGCCCAUGGUAAAAUGAACAUGACAGAAAUCUUCCAUUUAGUUGCUUCCACUUCUCAUUUCAUUUCAUGGUUUAUUUAUUUUCAGUAAAACAAUCAUACACAUACUGCAGCUAAAUAAGCUGAAAUGUAUUUAUUUACAAAGGUAUAACAAUUGCACAUGUAGCAUACAACAAUAAUGUUAUAAUGGUAAAACUAAUGGUACUUUAUGAAAAAUCCAGUAUACAAAAUGAAUGUAUGAUGAAAAUAUGCACUUCACGAGUUAUUAAGGAGAUUGAUAAAAUACGGUAUUGCACUGUGUUUAAAACGGGAGGUCCUGCAUUUGUAUUGCAUAUACUUUUGUUUAUUGCGUAAAGUCAUGCAAACAACGUUCCUUUCCGGUAACCAGUUUUUACAAUGUGGAUUCUUGCUCACAGAUACUGCAAAUUCACGUCUAUCAAUCUCUAAAUAAAUCUUUAUAAAUAGGAUAAAUAAGAAACCUUCGUAUUGUCGUUUAUGAUUCUUUUCAAAAUAAACUGUAUAUCAUUUUU